CCUUUGACGAUUGUCAUGAUACAGAACACUCCCUUUUAUAUUUAUUUAUUUUGUUGUGAUAUUUCAAAAUCAUUCAUAUAUCCAUUCAUUUAUUCUGUCAACCAUGCAUUGAUUUAUCUAUUCAAWCAUUCGUGCGCUUGUCCAUUUAUUUCAGAUAUUUUUGGAAUACAUUUAUUAAUUUUUCUUCAUCAGUGCUAGUUCCUUUAACUCAUUUGUUAUAAUUCUCACAUUAUAGGUUUCGSUCAGUACCUCUAUACAAUAGUUCAAAUUUUUAUAAAAGCUGGACUGGUAUUUAUCAAAUACUCYUCUUUGCUGGUUUAGUAAUUUCAGUUGCAUCAGUUAUGGUUUUCUACAUUUCAUUUCGAAAUUCAUUCAGAAAAAUUCAAAUAUCUGGAGGUAUAAUGAUGAGACUGCAGUAUGAUCAAGAAUACAUGGUGAAAAAAUGGACAUGUCUCUACCAGGUGGUGUUCAUUAUAUGCUGGUUACCAAGUGUGAUAUAUUAUCUUUGGUCAUUUUCCACAUCAUUUGGACCUAAUUCGGGGCUAGUCGAUUCCAUUUUCACCAUUGCGUGGGCUCUGAUAACCCCACUUCAUGGGUUUUUCAAUUGUAUUAUUUAUGGAUGGAGGCGGCGUGGCUUUACUGGAACUUUGCAAACACAAAAUUAUCAAAGCAUCACUGAAAACUCAAGCACAUGAAGUACAAGUCAAUUCCUGUUGAGAGAGAGAGAAAAAUCCCGGGGGAGGGGGGGGGGCUCCCUUAUAAAACUUGGUAGGUAUGCGCGACGGACGGGAUUGAAAAAUGAUCCUAAAAGGUACGCAUAAAUUUAUUCAGGUUUCGAUUCCAGAACCCUAAAAGAUACGACCAUUUUGGACGUCUUUAACAAGAGAAAAGCUCAAGUUUAACAAACUGUAGAAAAAUUGACUCUAAAAGGGAAGGGGUCAGAUCAGGACCCUGAAAGGUACGCGAGGGUUAUAUUUUCGACCCUUAAAGGCCCUCCGUCGAGCAUACCUACCGGAUAAAAAUAUACCUCUUUGCUGUUGAAGAAACUGUGUGUUUCCUAAACUGAGGUCACGUCUUGGAAAUUUAUUCCUCUUUAUGUUAAGUUUGGCUUGGUAAAUGAACCCUUGAUGGUGUUUGUCAAUUUCUGGAAUGACUCUCUUAGGAUAUGCACUCAUCAACAAAGAGGGCGCGCGAAAUAACCGUUUGCCAAGCUUUUAUAUACGUGUGAACAGUGUGUUGACUCGCUAAUGUGUGCUUUAGAGUUUGCUUACUCGUACUGUGUUUAAACUCGCAAAUAGUCAGGGUAACCUUGGCGAGUUUAUGUAAUUUAAGUAGACAACUGACACAGUGUAAUAUUCUUUCCCGGAUAUUUUGUAUUCAUGAGAUAGAGAUAAUGGAUGGGGAUAGCGAUGGCCUGGGACACGCCUAGACCAAUGCGAAAAGUAUUAACUUGUAGUAAAGGCAAUUCAAACCCGGCUUCCUUAGGUGGGUGGAUGGGAUGAAGACGAUGUUCUUUAGGGACGAACCAUUAAACUUUUGAGGGGAUGAUUUGGAAAAAAAAAAUCCUGCAAGCCAUCUUCACCAAAAAUCGUGCA